AUGUCUCCUUACCUGCUCGCCGCCGGCGCGCUUAUCGUCUUCCUCUACGCCUUCAAGAACCGCAGGAGCAGCAAUAAGCUCCCGCCGUCCCCGCCGUCGCUACCGCUGAUCGGCCACCUUCACCUCAUCGGCCGCCUCGCGCACCGAUCCUUGCACGAGCUGCAGCUUCGCUAUGGCGGCGGCGGCGGCCUCCUCUACCUGCAACUCGGGCGCAGGCGGACCUUUGUCGUGUCCACCGCUGCGGCGGCAGCGGACCUGUUCAGGAACCACGACCUCGCCUUCGCCUCCCGCCCGCACAGCGUGUCAGGUGACAAGCUGAUGUAUGGCUGCAACAACGUGUCGUUCGCGCCAUAUGGCGGCAACUGGCGCCGGCGCAAGAAGAUCGCCACGGUCCACCUCCUCUCCCAGCGCCGCGUGGAGUCGUUCGCGCCCGUGCGGGCCGCCGAGGUGGCAGCGCUCGUCGCACGUACCCGCCGUGCCGCGGAGGCGGGGUUGGCCGUGGAGCUGAGGGAGCUCCUGUACGGCUACACCAACGCGGUGAUCACACGAGCGGCCACCGGUGCCGCCGGGGCAACAGCAGAGAGGCUGAAACAGCUGCUGGGGAGCUCCGCGGCGCUGAUGGUGGGCUUCCAACCGGAGGACGUGCUGCCGGAUGCGCCGGCGAGGUUUGUGAGAUGGGCGACGGGCCUUGAUAAGAAGCUCGACGACAUGGCCGAGGCGUGGGAUAAGUUCUUGUCCGAGUUAGUGGCCGUGCACAAGGAGAAGGGUGCAAAGGAGGAGGAUGAGGACUUCUUGGACGUCUUGCUUCGGCUGAGGGAAGAAGGUACCGACGGGCUCGAGCUCACAGACGAUCGCAUCAAAGCUAUCACCGAGGACAUGAUAGCCGCCGCAACUGAAACAUCAACUCAAACGCUGGAAUGGACCAUGGCCGAACUCAUCGCCAACCCGCGGGUGAUGAGCAAGCUCCAGGACGAGAUAGCGCGAGUCGUCAGCGCCGAUCAGACGGCCAUUGCUGAACCGGACCUGAACAAAAUGGAGUACCUAAAGGCAGUGUUCAAAGAGGUGCUUCGGCUCCACCCACCAGCGCCGCUCCUCGUCCCGCACGAAUCAACAACGCCAGCGGUCGUGCAGGGCUACGAGAUCCCGGCCAAGACGGCGCUCUUCGUCAACGUGUGGGCCAUCGGGCGGGACCCCGCUGCGUGGGACACACCGGACGAGUUCCGCCCGGAGCGGUUCAUGGGCGGCGGUCCCCCGGUGGACUUCAGAGGGACCGACUACCAGUUCAUCCCGUUCGGCGCCGGCCGGAGGAUCUGCCCCGGCAUCAACUUCGCGCUGCCGGUCUUGGAGCUCGCGCUCGUCAGCCUCCUGCGUCACUUCGAAUGGGAGCUCCCCGCUGGCAUGCGCCCAGCAGACCUCGACAUGGGCGAGGCGCCGGGGCUGACGACGCCGCGGCAGGUUCCCCUUGUCCUAGUCCCCAAGUGCAAGACGCUCGUUCGGGCAGCACUGCAGUAG